ACACACAGGAAGAAAAAUGGCGAUGUACACAAACAGAAUAGUGCGUUGCUCGAAAUCGAAUCCAUUUUUCUCGGUGUUAUCGCGUAAUUUCGGUAAUAGUUCCAGUGCCCGCAAAUGGUACCAACACCCGACCGUGCGGUACAUCUGUUUGGUGAGUGGUGGACUGCUCGCGUUCACCGCAGCAACCUAUCGAAAUCGGCCCAAGGUCUACGCGCUCCAGCUGCGAAAGGUACGUAAUUACUGCCCAAGAUGAUCACCAAAACACGUUUACCUUAGAAUAUAUCUUCAAGACUUUAACCAAAUCGGCAAACCGUUCCAAUGAGCACGGUGCCGGGUUUAACAUAAACGAAACGCGCAUCGCAUCGAAACCUGAGCACCAGCGAUAUGGCAUCCCCCGGUAUGCCACCGCGAGGUGACCAAUAAUUAGAUGCCGUGUUGGGUUCCCGCUUUUGCUAGAUACCGCCACGGCUUCGGGCAUCAAGCGCAUCAUCGUUCGCGUGUCCUGCAGGAUGAAAUUGCGGACAAGGCUAUUAAGCUUACGGCCCGCGAGCGACGCUUCAUCAAGUUUGCCUCGGUCGAGUUCGAUGGGCAGAUCUACAUGACACCGCAAGACUUUCUGGAGUCGGUCGUCGAGCAGGAGCCACGGCCACGGCUCAAGAGGAAGUCAUUAACGCAUGGCGAGAUUCAGCAGCUGAAAGAUUACACGCCACCGUUGAAGCACGGCUCGUCGCAGCUUUUCCGCAGCCUGCGGGACAAAGGGAUAAUUUCAUACACCGAGUAUCUGUUUCUUCUUUCCGUACUUACAAAACCUCACUCCGGUUUCCGUAUUGCCUUUAAUAUGUUCGAUACGGAUGGGAACCAACGGGUAGACAAGGAUGAGUUUCUUGUGAUACGACAGCUGCUCGGAGGAUCGCUGAAGGAUCGUGAUCUAGACGAGGCUACGCGUAAAGCUCUGCUGCACCUUGUGUCCACCAGUGCGCAGGCGAGAUUUUUACUGAAAAACUAUCACGAACAAAAGUCACAAACUUCGGUCGCUGAACAGCGCAAACCGGGCCAAACGGCUGGCCUCACUCACGCUGGCGGGAGGGAUGAGGAUGGGGGAAGUACUGAAACGGCACCGCCACCGGUCAAGAAGGGUAGAACGGCACGAUUAAUGGAAAAGAUUUUCAGCUUCGCCUGGAAGGGAAAGCGUGGCAUCGAGAGUAAGGAAGGUGAAGAGCCGGGAGAGCAUGAUGACUACGUAGACGAUGAGCAGGGUCUGCAGCGAAAGCAUAAGGUCGACACGACGCUGCAAAUCCAUUUCUUCGGCAAGAAGGGCGACAAAGACCUGCAGUACGAUGGGUUCUACAACUUCAUGAAGAACCUGCAGACCGAGGUGCUCGAGCUGGAAUUUUGCGAAUUUUCCAAGGGCCACGAGCGCAUCUCGGAGGUGGACUUUGCGAAGAUCUUGCUCCGCUACACCUACCUGGAUACCGAUGAGUACGAUAACUAUCUGGACCGUCUGCUGGACAGAGAGGCCAAGGAGAAGGGCGUAUCGUUCGACGAGUUCCGACAGUUCUGUCAGUUUCUGAACAAUCUCGACGACUUUUCGAUUGCCAUGCGCAUGUACACGCUAGCCGAUCAACCGAUUUCAAAAGAUGAGUUUUCGCGCGCGGUAAAGAUUUGCACCGGUUCCGAGCUGAACUCGCACCUGAUCGACACCGUGUUCGCGAUCUUCGACGAGGACGGUGAUGGGCUGCUGUCGUACAAGGAGUUUAUCGCGAUCAUGAAGGAUCGCGUCCAUCGCGGGUUCAAAGUAAGUCACUACGAGCAUAUCGUCGAGGACUAUCUGGAUGAUAUCGAGAAGGGUACGGUGUAUGCGGAUAACUUUCGGCAGCUGCUCAAGAUGCGCUCGCGGGCCUGCCGAAGGUUGCGCCGGUACCUGCUCUACUUUUACUAUCAUCCGGACCAUGGGCAGACCGAUAGCACGAGACACUAUCGUUAGUUGUAGAGUGGUGGUAUACGUAGGUUAAGAAGCUUCCCAUGUUUCCAAUAUCAAAAAUUCGGUACGUCAAAUUCGGUGAGUUGUGUCGUGUACAGUUCUGUAGCCAAUUUCGAUAAAACUCUAAUACGGCUUCCCCAGAUUGGAAUAAUUUCCAGUCACGCUACUUAUUUUUACUCUUUAAAUCUGUUUGUGUGGCAUAGAAUAGAACUACCGACUAGUGCCUAUUACUGAACUUAUGCUUAGCUGUGUCAGUGAUCAAAAUUUUUUUCACCAUGUUUUGGUUUUGUUUCCUCUCUUUAUUUUCGAGUCCCCUCAUUUUAUAGAAGCAAAUUUUUAGCUUAAUAAACACCCAUUUAUCUAAAUUCACAUUUUGUUUUGUUCACGUCUCUUGUUGCAUCUUUAUGUGGUUCGUUUGCUGUCCUUCCUCUAACAUUAACUCGUUUGCUUAACAUGUGUGCUGGUCCGUGUCCUUAACAUUGGAACCAUAUCCUGUACAAAUAUAUGUAUAUAAAUCGGCAGAUCAUCCAUCCAAUCAUAUCACAAUGUUCCAUGUGUUCGUACGAGCAAAAUGUAAGUAAAGCCAUGGCGAAUUCAGGUAAGUAUGAUUAACUGUUUUGUGUUGUACAGAAGGAAAUAAGAAUAAUGGCCCUCUGCAUCCUCACCAUGUAUGUAUGUGUAUCUAAUAAUCUAAAUCACUUGUAAAUUAAUGUACAAAAAGAAUACGCUAACAUACAGUUUCUCUAUCACUUUAUAAUAAUAAUUCUAUCAUCUUCUUAACCUUUUUUUUAGUCGAACGUGAAAUCCGAAGGAUGGGAAGCAUUCAAGCAUUGCCUGAAGCAGGAAAUGAAACAAAACGUCUAAAAGACCGUUCUACUUCGCACAAGGAACCAGCCAACCAACUUGCUCCUGCUCCUACAGUUAUGCAAUCUAGCUAAAUUGUUUUACGAAAAUGUUAAGCAUUUUAAACAAAGGUUAUUUAUUUAGUUUAAGGUUCAACGGAACAAAGCUAACCCAACUUAACGUUCUUUCUCUACGCUUUCGAACAAAACAAACAAACAAACAUCCGCCCUUGUAGUGCCAUAAACGCGGGGGGGUUUAAACACACAACGAUCUCUUCCCGAUUGUGUGUCUGUGUCUGUCUUAUGGUUUUUGUUUUUUGAGUGAAGAAUGUUUAAAUGUUAGAAUGUUACUUAGUACUAAAUAGAGAGCGCAACACAUUCUGUUUCAUUUGUUACUUGUUAGAUGUGUUACAGCUCUAAUCGUUUGCUGUUUAAAAAAAAAGGAUUUUUUUUUAUUGGGUAAAUCAUAUCGAUGCUUCUAAAGCACACGCACCCGGAAUAAUUAGGUAGAAAUGUUCAAAACAUACUAAAAAACUUUUAAAAUUACUCAAAAUGCUCAUUUAUGCGGAUGUUCUUACUUUAUGUCUACAAGCGUUCACAAUUUCUUGCCCUUUUCCACGUUUCCUACUAGUGAUGGGUCGUACGACUCUUUUCAUGGGUCGACCCGGAGUCGAGUUCGUUCCGAUAGAAAUCAAGUUCGAUCCGUGGGUGCAACGAGUUUGAGUCGACCCGUUACCUUAGGUCGACCGUAGGAUUAGACCGAACUCGUCGAACUCACGGGUCCACCUCAAAUCGCUAUGGGUCGACUCAAACCUAAGGGUCGAACUCGUUGGAACUAGCAAUACGACUCGAGACGAUUCCGGGUCGCUUACGGAUAGCUUCGACCCGGCAGUAUCAGGCCAACCCGCCCCUCACUAUAUCCUACACUUGCCAACGUUAACUUCGGGAAGUUUUAUAGUAAAAUUCAGAAUAGCGUUAAGAGCACACGGAUCGCAUCAAAAUACGCCAAAUCGUGUACGUCUACUAUUAAAAGUGAAUUUUAAACUAACAAACGAACAAGGCUUACGGAAGAAAGUAUUAUCGAAACAACUUACCAACACCCCCCCAAAUAUUAUUCAUCAAACACUCGCGUCUGAUUUCGUACGAACGUAACACCAAAAAAUACUUAAACUCCUCUCCGAUUCUUGCAAAACAAUCAUAAGCACGUGUUUGCAGCAAUUACGUUGUAUUGCGAGUGACAAAAUAAAUCCAAGCACGAGUUUUUGAAACAUA